AGAUGGUGGCGCGGGUCCCUUUGAGGACGGGGAGUGCUUUGUCUGAAAAGAAAAAAUAACCCCUAACAGCAGUGAUACAGCAGAUUGCCUGUCCUCCAGUCUGGUUAUGCAGUAAGAAUGGAGACUUCUGAUGAAGAAAAUUUCGGUGUAGCCGUCUCCUCCCCUUCUGAUGCAGAGUUUGAUACAGUUGUUGGGUAUCUGGAGGAUAUCAUCAUGAAUGAUGAUUUCCAGUUAAUACAGAGGACUUUUAUGGAGAAGCACUACCAGGAGUUUGAUGACUCAGAAGAAAACAAGCUUGUCUAUACUUCUAUUUUUAAUGAAUAUAUCUCUUUAGUAGAGAAAUAUAUUGAAGAAAAAUUGCUGGAUCGGAUUCCUGGUUUUAAUAUGUCUGCUUUCACAAUGUCAUUACAACAGCACAAAGAUGAAAUGACAGGUGAUAUAUUUGAUAUGUUUCUCACAUUUACUGACUUUCUGGCUUUCAAAGAAAUGUUCUUGGAUUACAAAGCUGAAAAAGAAGGUCGAAGUCUGGAUUUAAGCAGUGGGUUAGUUGUGACUUCAUUAAAUAAGUCAUCAGAAUCCUCCUAGAAGAAUUUAUGCACUACUUCUCCAGAUGAGUGCUGCUGCACUGUACAUUAAAACACUGAGGGGCAUGGUAAUCAAGGUGCUUUUUGCAUGAUGAAAACUCGUUCACCCUCCAGACUCUUACCUUCAGAGGCCUGACCCUAAAAUUAUCUGUUUGUGAAUUCUGGUUGGCGUUCAGUGACCACAGGGGGAAGACAGUUUCAUCUCUACCAGAGUAAUUGUUGUUAAUAAAUACAGUGUUUGUACACCA